UACUUUGACCAGAAAGUCAAUUUUGAAAUGCUACUCAUAGCAGUACUAUUAACUGCUCUUUUAACAAGGGCAGAUGAGCCUGUUUGCAGCUUGCGAGGCAGACCAGAAUUGCCUCAGUUUUCAAAGGAUGGAGACAUUACAAUUGGAGGAGUCUUUCAAUUACACAACAACCUUGUAGAAGCCAAACCUGCCUUUAAAGGAGAGCCUGAACCACUGAAAUGCAAAGAUUUAAAUUUCAGAGAAUUCCAAUUUGCUCAAACUAUGAUAUUUGCCACUGAAGAAAUAAACAACAGGACAGAUAUACUCCCUGGUAUAUCACUGGGUUAUAAGAUAUAUGAUGACUGCAGUUCCAUACCUUUGGCUACAAGGGCAGGGAUGGCUUUAGUGAAUGAACAGGAAGAAAAUAUAUACUCUGACAAGUCCUGUACCAAACCAUCUACUGUCCAUGCUAUAAUAGGACCAUCUAGUUCUUCACCAGCUAUAGGAAUUGCAACAACAAUAAGAGCUUUUCACAUACCAGUGAUUAGUCACUUUGCAACCUGUGAAUGUUUGAGUAACAGGAAUAAGUACCCAUCGUUUUUCAGAACCAUACCAAGUGAUUAUUAUCAAAGCAGAGCCCUGGCACAGCUUGUAAAGCAUUUUGGAUGGACUUGGAUUGGGGCAAUUAGAAAUGAUGAUGACUAUGGCAACACAGGAAUGGCUACCUUUGUGAAAGCAGCCCAAGAAGAGGGGGUUUGCAUUGAGUAUUCAGAGACUAUUUACAGAACGUAUGCAAGAGAAAAAUUAGUUAAAACUGUAGAUGUUAUAAAAAAGUCAACUUCAAAGGUUAUUGUAGCUUUCACUUCUUAUACAGAUUUUGAAUUCCUGAUAAAAGAACUGUUGCUUCAGAAUGUUACUGGUUUUCAGUGGAUAGGCACUGAAUCUUGGAUUUCUGAUAAAAACUUUGCAGCAGCAGGAAGUUUCAGAGUUCUGGGUGGGGCACUCGGUUUCGCAGUCGGUAAUGCAGCAAUUACAGGUUUGGAGGAGUUUUUACUGAAUGUCCGUCCAUCUGACACCCCUGGAAAUUCAGGCUUAAAAGAUUUCUGGGAAACUGUUUUCAGUUGCACCCUGACUAACCCAGAAAAGACCUCACCUGUUAAUCCAUGUACAGGGUCUGAGAAUUUAGCAGAGGUAAAGAAUCAGUACACCGAUAUAACUGAUCUGGGAAAUGCCAAUGAUGUAUAUGAAGCUGUGUAUGCUGUAGCCCAUUCACUACACAAUCUGUUUACAUGCGAAAGUGAUCAGGGACCUUUUGCUGGUAAAACAUGUGCAAAUAAGAAGAAGAUUGAACCAUGGCAGGUAGUGCAUUAUCUGAAAACAGUUAAUUUCACUAGCAAGAACGGAUAUAAUAUUUAUUUUGACGAGAAUGGGGAUCCAACUGCAAGAUAUGCAUUAGUUAACUGGCAACUCAAUAAGGAGAGCAUCACACAGUUUGUUACAGUUGGUCUCUAUGAUGCAUCUUUACCAGAAGGACAACAGUUUAUUAUGAAUAACGUCAGUAUUGUUUGGGCAGAUGGUCAGGCUAAGGCACCUAAAUCAGUGUGCAGUGAGAGCUGUCCUCCAGGCACUCGGAAGGCUGUUCAGAAAGGAAAGCCUGUUUGUUGCUUUGACUGCAUACCAUGUGCUGAAGGGGAAAUCAGCAAUCAGACAGAUUCUACUGAUUGUAUGAAGUGCCCUUUGGAAUACAGGUCGAAUAACCAAAGAAACCACUGCAUCUUAAAAGCCAUUGAAUUCCUGUCAUUUGCAGAAAUCAUGGGGAUGUUGCUGAUGAUCCUUUCAUUGAUUGGGGCUUGUUUAACCACUGCUGUAGCUAUUGUUUUCUUUCGUUACAGAGAUACACCCAUUGUUAAAGCUAAUAACUCUGAACUCAGUUUCCUUCUUCUGUUUUCAUUAGCACUGUGUUUCCUUUGUUCACUUACUUUCAUUGGCCAGCCAUCUGAGUGGUCCUGUAUGUUACGCCACACUGCCUUUGGGAUCACAUUUGUCCUGUGCCUCUCUUGUGUUCUGGGGAAAACAAUAGUUGUGUUAAUGGCGUUUAGGUCUACACUUCCUGGUAAUAAUAUGAUGAAAUGGUUUGGGCCAGCCCAGCAGCGGCUAACUCUUUUUGCAUUCACGUUCAUUCAGGCCUUAAUUUGCACUCUUUGGUUAACAAUAGCCCCUCCUUUUCCAAAUAAAAACAUGAACUCUUUCAAAGACAGAAUCAUUUUAGAAUGUGACCUGGGAUCUGCUGCAGCAUUUUAUGCUGUGUUAGGGUAUAUUGGCUUUCUUGCUGCCAUGUGCUUUGUGCUCGCUUUUCUCGCUCGUAACCUACCAGAUAACUUUAAUGAAGCUAAAUACAUUACAUUUAGCAUGCUCAUAUUCUGUGCUGUUUGGAUCACCUUUAUCCCGGCUUACAUCAGUUCACCUGGGAAGUACACAGUUGCUGUAGAAAUAUUUGCAAUUUUAUCUUCCAGCUUUGGUUUGCUCUUCUGUAUUUUUGCUCCUAAAUGUUAUAUUAUAUUAUUUAAGCCUGAGAAGAAUACAAAAAAACAUUUGAUGGGAAAAGGGCCCUCGAAGUCACUUUGAAAGAAAUUAAUAAACAUGUUCUAAAAUAUGAAAAGUUACACAUUUACUUAAUUUGUGUUGUUGUAUUACAUUUAUAACCUUGCCAUACAGGGGGUGGUCAUUUUAACAUGGUAUAAAAACACAUUCAUUCACGUGUUGUAGCCCCCGCAUUAGGGAAUGCAGGUCCUUUUUUAAAGACAGCUUCAAAGUUGCUCUUAUACAGCGUGCUUGAAGAUUCACUUUUAAAAAACAAUAACACAAUAUAUAAAUUAAAUAUUAAAUGGAAAUUAUAUCAUACCAAGUUAGUCAUGUAUACAUCUUUCUAGGUACAGUAUUACAUUUUAUAAUAGCUACGUUUGUAAGCCAGCACACUGUAUUAUCUAGCAGAAUUUUCUGUUUCCAGGUUACACAGGUUUUACUGUACACUAUUGAAUACUAGAAAUUCUGUAAUAUGUUUUACAAAUGCUCUCUUGUUAAGUGAAUGGCUUGUGGGCUUCAUAUUUAGCUGAUAUAUUAAUUGUUAGUGUUUAGAGCUCUUUAAUUGUUUAUUUCAAUAUUAGAAUGUUUCAGGCCACAGAAUGGAGUGCAGACAAAAAAGGGCAUAGGAAAAUAAAACAUGCAACUUUUCUGUUGCCCAUAAAUGUAUUUAAUAUCUGGGUUAGGAUAAAUAAACAUUACAUAUACUGUAUAUUAUAUUAUCAGUUUGUUCAAGGUCAUUGCCCUGUUAUGGGGACAUAUGUUCAGAAGUCAGUUCCAUAUAAAAUAAAAUGAUAUAUGAAUGUUUGCUUAUUUAGCAAAUGCCAGGGAACUAACCGUUUUCUCCAAAUCAGAACAUGUCUUAGAUACUGUACCUGACGUCACUUUUACAGAGGUUAAGCUUUCUCUUUCAAACCAACAGAGCCUUGAUUACAGCAGCGCCUUGACUACAGCUAUCUAGCACACUGAUUGGGAAAUUGAUUAUCAAAGAGCAAACAGGACUUGGAUUAUAACAUGCUCUAAUUGUAGUCUGUGAUUAAUGUUUUUAAUACGCACAAUUAAAAUGCUUUACUAUUUUAUUGACUGCAACCUUACACCACCUUAUAAAUAGAUCACUGGUGAUAGGCUCCAAUAUACAUUCUUUAUAAUGUACUGAAGGCCUCAAUACUGAAUACUGACACACAUUUUAGCAUUUAUAUUUACUCUGCAUUUAUUAACACAUUUAUGGUAGUAGUAGGUCAAAUAGUACAUUUCAAACAGGACAGUAGUUAGACAACUAAACAAAAUACGUAUGUAGCUGUGAAAUACAUGACUAUAAUACAAAAUAAUGUACUAUACAAUUACACAUAUUAAGGAAUGAUAGAUUAAACUUGAAAGUCUGUUUAAAACUGCAUAUGGAAUGUGUCAUAUCUUUCUAACUAUCCUCUUUAUGACCACAGCUUCAAAAAAAAGAGCAUCUCUUAAAUUCAAAUUUUUGUAAUUUUGUAAUUGUGUAUACUUAGACUUUUGUCUGUUCUUUUGUAGCUUGCAAAUCAAUAUAUUCACAGUACAGAAAUUAAUGAAUCCCACUGUAUAUUUGGUUACAUCAACUGUGCUAUUAUGUGUUAUCAUAUUAUCAUAAGCAUGUUUUACUAAUAGCAUGCUUUACAAAAGUAUACUGUCAAUAUUACCUUAAUGCAUGUACUUUCAAUCAACAACUAUUGCAAUUCCUAGUGCAGAUUCAAUAGUACAAACUCUAUCACACUCACCUUAAAAAUAGUCUGUGUUUACUGUAUUUCUAAUCCACUACUAUACAUGUAUUUCAAUGUAGUGCACUACAUUAUGUUUAUAAUACUUGGAACAAUACUAACAUGUUGUCAUUUCAGUGUGGCUAUAUUUCACUUUUAUCUAUUAAUUGAUUAUUAUCAAUAUUUACGUUUAAUAAAUUGGUAAUUGCAUUACAAAUAAAGACUUA